CUAAUAAAUGCACCACAGCCAGCUGUCAAUCAUAAGCACUUUUCUGAAAACUGAACUCCUUUUGCAGCUGGAGCAAUGAGGCUUCUCUCAGCAUGUGUGGGACUACUUGUAGUCUAUGUUGUAGCAUCCUCCCAGGACUUGUCACACAAGGACAUGACAGAGAUUGAAGGACAGUGGUGUGGCGUCAGGGUAGCUUCUAAUAUGAAUUGGUUUGAUAAGAAAAAGGAUGAUAUAGAUAUGUGCAAAGCACAAUUUAAAAUCACAUCAUCUGGAGAUAUAAAGGAGACAAAAUGGUCUACAAGAGACAAACAUGCAGCAAAAGAAGAAAUACUCUUUAGGAAAACAGAUAAGCAAGGAAAAUACACAUACCAUAGUUCUCUGAACCACGAAACAGAUGUCUACUUUGUUUAUGCUGACCGAAAAUGCUUAAUAACACGUGCUGAAUAUACCAAAAGUGGUGAGAAGAAAUACCUCCUCAACUUAUUUGCAAAGAGAUCAGCACCCGAACCAAACUGCAAGGCAAAAUUCAGAAGCAUUGCUGAAGCUCUAGAGAUUUCGGACAGUAUCACCAGUCUUUCUGAAAGAGGACACUGCUCCAUAGGCUUUCCACAAAGAUGGUCAGUGCAUUGUGAGGACUACAGCUGUGUGACAAGGCCACUGCAAGGCCUGUUUUACUAUGUACUAGAUGCUAUUAUUUCAUAAGCAUUCCGAACACAAUCUGGUUACUGAACUUGUACAACAGUCAGAAAUGUGGAUUCAAUAAAGUGUUUCAAUACAUA